AUGGACAACAGGUCAUGCUGCCUCAUUGAGGGGGACCCCAUCUCCCAGGUGAUGCCCCCGCUGCUCAUCCUGGCCUUCGUACUGGGUGCCCUGGGUAACGGCAUUGCCCUGUGUGGCUUCUGCUUUCACAUGAAGACCUGGAAGCCCAGCACCAUUUACCUGUUCAACUUGGCCGUAGCUGACUUUCUCCUCAUGAUCUGCCUGCCCUUUCGAACAGACUACUACCUCCGACACAGACGCUGGGCCUUUGAGGACAUCCCCUGCCGGGUGGUGCUCUUCAUGUUGGCCAUGAACAGGGCUGGGAGCAUCGUCUUCCUCACCGUAGUGGCCGUGGACAGGUAUUUCAAAGUGGUCCACCCCCACCAUAUGGUGAACACCGUCUCCAACCGGGUGGCGGUGGGCCUCGUCUGUGCCCUUUGGGUCAUGGUCAUCCUGGGGACUCUGUACCUUCUGACGGAGAACCACCUAUGUAUGCAAGAGAAGGUCAUCUCUUGUGAAAGCUUCAUUAUGGAGUCGGCCAACGGCUGGCACGACAUCAUGUUCCAGCUGGAGUUCUUUCUGCCCCUCGGCAUCAUCCUCUUCUGCUCCUUCAAGAUUGUUUGGAGCCUGAAGCAGCGGCAGCGGCUGGCCAGACGGAUGAGGAAGACCACGCGGUUCAUCGUGGUGGUGGCUCUUGUGUUCAUCACCUGCUAUCUGCCCAGCGUGUCGGCCAGGCUGUACUUCCUGUGGACCGUGCCCUCUAGCGCCUGUGACCCGUCUGUCCAUGUAGCCCUCCACGUUACCCUCAGCUUCACCUACAUGAACAGCAUGCUGGACCCCCUGGUGUACUAUUUUUCAAGCCCCUCGUUCCCCAAGUUCUACACCAAGCUCAAAAUCGGCAGUUUGAGAACCAGGCAUCCGGGGCACUCCAAGACCACCCUGAGGCCAGAAGAGAUAUCCAUUUCAAACCUUUGUCAUAAGAGCUGCAGCAACGUGGCAACGAGCUUCCAAAGCCAGCCCAAUGUCCAGCAGGAUCUCCAAGCGUGUUGA